AUGGACCGGGGAAGUGUACCGGAGAGUUACAGAACUUCCGGUACGGGAUUCCGCGUAUCCAGUGAGGGAUCUCAUGUCGGCAGCAAGCAAGAUGCAGAUGUGACACUGAAAGAGGAAGUAGGAUGUACACCUGAAAGUACACAACAGUUAGAACCUGAAUUUCUGAACUGUGCUAUAGAUGUGUCAUCGUUUAAAGAAACAAACCCCAUCAUCUCUGCAAAUAACAGAGGACCUGAUAUAGAAAAUGGGGGAAAAUCUCAUAAUCUUGACCCUGGAGAGGCUUGCACUUACCAGCAUCCACAAGUAAUGGCCUGUGAUCCCCAGAAUACUGCUGUUGUGGAUGUAACCGAAAAAAGGGGUUCAGGCAUAACUUCAUUGGUAGCUGAUGAAAAUGCAGAUAUGAUGAUCCUUCCUGAAUGCUGUAAGAGGUCCAGAUUGGUUACAGAACCCCAGCCUCUUCGGAUUGAUGGAGAUAGAGCGUUGAGGAAUCCUGGUUCAGUAUGUGAGCUUCAGCCAGUGACAGAUGUCUCGCUGAUAUCCAAUAAGUGUGAAGACUCUAAAGCAGACAGUGGAGAAGAAUAUGAAGAUGCACAAGCAUCAAGUCAUUUGUUACCAAAGAAACCAGAAAAUGAUAUCUCUGAGCUUUUAAGUCAAAAUGUUCAAGACGGGGCCAGCACUUUUCAAACUACUGAAACAACUUCAGAAAGUGAAGAUGGUCCAGUUCAGCCACGUACCUUAGGAAAAACCGUUAUGUCUGUGGAAAUAGAUGAAGACAUUUAUCGAGAUGAAGAGGAAAUUGAAAAAGAAAAGACAAAGAAAGGAGCACCUGUGUGUGAACAAAUCCCUAAAGAUGACAAACUAGGAGUCGGACCAGAAGUUGAUAUCAUAGAAUAUUGUAAAAGGGAAUGGAGAGGUAAAACUCCUGUUGCAAAGCAAAUGAGAGAGGGUUAUAAUGAAGUGUCGCACUAUUUCGGUUCUAUAAGACAAGUUCGAGGCGAUAACUACUGUGCCUUAAGAGCGACAUUAUUUCAGUGUCUUAGUCAAAGUACAGAACUUCCACAAUGGCUGAGCAAUACCGAUUUAUUUCAGUUACCUGAAAAACUUAAUAAAACAUAUGAUUGGAUUAAACUGUGGAGGUUUUGGAGUCCUGGAAGCAAAACACCUGGGUUACGGAUAAAGGAAUGCUUGGAACUGCUUAAGAAAAAGUGGGCUGAAAUUAGCAAAAUGAAGAUUUUCGAUAAAAAACAAGAGGCUUGUGAUGAGAUAUUUCAAACAGAAGAAGAGUACAGUUUGUAUGAGGCUGUGAAGUUUUUGAUGCUGAGAACUGCUAUUGACUUAUACAACGCCAAUGAGAAUGGCAUGGAAGUGCCUGUGUUCUCUUGGCUGCUAUUUGCUAGGAACACAUCUAAUAAUCCUUGUGAAUUUAUGAAGAAUCACUUGAAUCAAGUGGGACACUCGGGAGGACUUGAACAGGUUGAAAUGUUUCUUCUUGGAUAUGCAUUACAGCAAACAAUAAAAGUGUAUAGACUAUAUAAAUAUGGAACAGACGAAUUUGUUACACAGUAUCCGGAUGACCAGGCAGAUUGGCCUGUGGUAACUCUCAUAACGGAAGACGACAGACAUUAUAACGUUCCAGUUAGAGUAUGUGAAGAAACAAGUUUAUAG